CCAAUUGCGGUUGGUAGCCGUGAUUUUGUCACUUUGACAAUCGGACCGCGCGUGUGUAGGGAUUUUGGGCGAUUUUCUUCAGUUUCUUGCAGCACCACCCACGAGGAUGUCCUGUGCACUAUCUGCUGAGCGCGUGUGGCUAGACAAGGCGCAGUACAGCGACGCAGAGAGGAAGUUCUACGAAAGCGCGGCCAAGGGUGGUAGUUCUGGAAUGUCCCUGGUGUCGGAAAUUGCAAAAGCUCGCCAGCAUAUUAAAAAAUCCCUAGAACGUAUGGACGGCAUUGCUGCUCUCGCCUCCACGCCUGGGAAUGAACUCUUCGAGCGUCUCACGACCCUUGAGAAUGAGAACAAGAGACUUCAUUCAGUGGUCUCUGGCAUGGAGAAGCUGAUGCUGGGCCUCCAGGAACGCGUGACUGCGCUGGAGAAGGGCUCGCCAGCCAAGGCGGCCGCUGCCAAGCCGCAGCCCCCGGCCGCCAAGCCAGAGGACGACGAUGACGGCGUGGACCUGUUCGCGUCGGACUCUGAGGAAGACGAGGAGGCGCAGAACGUAAAGGAGGCGCGCCUGGCGGAGUACAAUGCCAGGAAGUCCAAGAAGCCGGCCCUGAUUGCCAAGUCGAACAUCAUCCUGGAUAUCAAGCCGUGGGACGACGAGACAGACAUGAAGGCCAUGGAGGCGGCCGUGCGGCAGAUCGAGAUGGAGGGCCUGCUCUGGGGCGCCUCGAAACUCGUGCCGCUGGCAUACGGCAUCCACAAGCUGCAAGUGAGCUGCGUGGUGGAGGACGAGAAGGUGUCUGUGGACCUGCUCACCGAGGAGAUCGAGAAGAUUGAGGAUCUCGUGCAGAGUGUGGACAUCGCGGCAUUCAACAAGAUCUAAGGGCCAUCAUUCCUCACUUGAUUGGUAAAUCCCCGUGGAAUCCCAAUUUCUCUCAAACACUCACUUAAUAACAUUGUAAUCCUGCUUUAUGGACAUUAAAAAAGUGAAAUGGUCAAA